AUGAUUCACUUCAUUCUCCCAUCAGUUCAGGAUAGGUUCGGACUCGCCUGUGAACAGGCGGCCCUGGGCGCCUUGGAGGCCUUUGCUGCGCUGCUGGUGAAAUCCGACUUGGGUCUUCCCCAACGGCGGAGCAUUCUGCGAAUCGCCUGGGACACGGCGCGGGAGGGCGACGCCUUGCUUCAACAUGAGGACCCCAUGGCCUCCUUAACCGCCUCGGAGAUCGCCCUGGCGGAGCUGGGCGCCGUCUGCCUCUCGGCGGCGGUCGAGGCGCAACUGGCGCUGAGCGGCGCCGCGCUGCGCGCGGCGCGCUCGCAGGUGCCGCAGCAGGUGCCGCCCUGGGAGUGGAUUCGCUGGCGCGUGGAUGCCUGCGCCCGAGCGGCCUUGACGGCUGGGGUGGACCAGGAGAAGUGUGAGUCGCUCCGCAACAUCGCCGCGACGUUGCUGGAGCCUUACCGCCUGCAAUUCCAACGCAUCGAGCGGCAAGAACUGGCGGCGCUGCAGAAGCAACAAGCACAGCAAGAGGCGCUGCAACAGCAGAAGAGGGAGCAGGACGAGAAGCGUCAGCUGCAGCAGCAGAGGAUCGAGGAGUUGAAGAGGCAGAAAGACUGGGCCGAUCCAGACCUGCGCGAAGCCAUGGAGUUGGAGAUGAAAGAAUUGGAGGCUCAAGUUGCCAGUAUUCCGAUGCAGGACUCUGUUGCGGGCACCGCUGGCGCCACACAGCCUUUCGGAAAGGACGGAGAUGUGACCGGAGGCGCCACUUUGAGUGGCGCCGCAGCUGCCGAUGGGGAGGAUGUUGAGGAGCCAGAUCCAAAGCUGAAAAGGGAUGGAGAUCAAAAGGCGGCUCGUGGCGGGAAUGACGGAGGGCCCGUGAAAGAAGAUGAGGAUGACAUGACCAGGGACCACAGGGACCACGGGAAGGACCAGAAGGAUGGUCAAAAUUUGAGUCAAAACAGUCAAGAUCAGAAAGAUGAGAUGAGAAGAGAUGAGAAGACUCCGACGCUUCAACGACUUGGGAAGGAGAAUGAUGCGAAUGAGGAUGGACGGGAGCGCGAAGAGCAUGUAUCGGAAGCUCGGAACGACAGAGGUUCAGGGGACGAGAGCAGGGUUCAGAAAGGUCGCAGUGAUGAGAAAGACAAGCACCAGAGAGAUCACAGAGAUCCGGAUGAAGCCGAUGAAACUCCGAAAGAUCAGAAAGAUGCAGAGGAUCAGAAGCUUCAGGAUGGGAGUGCCAUGAAAGGAAAGCUUCAGAAAGAUCAGAAGGAUGAAACGUCUGAGAAAGAUCUAUGGGACCAAAGGUCGAAGGAUGGGAAAGAUCUCAAGGAUGGAAAAGACAGGGAGUCUGAAACAUCCUCUUCAAAGGUCUCAGAAAAGCACGAGACGACGAGUGUCAAGGAGGAAAGGAGCACGAAGGAUUCGCAGGUGAAAGACUCCAAGUCGGAGGUGAAAGGUGAGAAGACUGCGUCCUCCGCCACCAAAGAUGUCGCGAAAGAGACCAGUGCUUCCCCAGAGGUUCCGAGAGUGCUGUGGGUGGAACCCAGCGGAAAAACGGGGCCUCAAGCGGUCUGGCUUGGUCCAUUGUCAGCUGGAGAAGUCCUAAAGAUGGCUGAAGAGUCAAAGAGUCUGGGUCCAGAUGGUUUGAUUUGGGGCCUCGCAUCGGGCUCGAUGAAGGGACAGCAACCGCCGGAAGAUGGUAAAGGAGCUCAGCCUUUGUGGCAGUGCUUGCCGGAACUGGGGCAACAACUUCGCAGGGCCUCCGAGGUGCAGCUACAGCAGCGCUUGGAGAACCGCUUCAAAACCAUGCCAAGACAGGAAGACGCCACCGAUGUCCUGCCGAGCUAGCCGCAGGAAUAGAGAGCUAGCCGCCCGUAAAGAGGACCUUGAGGUCUGGACCGAGUCGUCGCAAGAGUUGGUCAUGCCAGCGGUGCGAGGACAUGCAGAUGCGGAAUCUCGGGCGCGGCGCAAACGCGCGGCUAGGAGCGCUGAGCUGAGCGGAAUCCAUCUUCGCAUGGGGAACCAGUUGGAGCUACGAGUUGGAUUUCCCAGCCACGUAGUGGUUACGUGGCAGUUGUGGCAUCAUUGUUCUUUGGCAAAUGAGGAAGAACAGUUGAUGCCAGCGCAAGAGUUGUGAACAGAUUGUUUGAUGUUCAAUGCCAGAUCUUCUGGUUUCACAGAAUCUGUCACUCCAGCAAAGCUGGCAGUGAUGAUGGGCAGAUGUUGAAAGAACGAAGGGCUUGCAGGCUGUUUUUCAUCUCCCCACACUGAUAGGUGAAAGCGUGGUAACAGAAAAACGUUGAGACCAUUGACAGG